AUGAUGGAUGACGAGGAAGAUGAUUUCUACGACCCCGCAGACUCUGUACCUGCCGGCCAGGCAGCCUCAAGUGCUUACAACGAAGCUGGACAGCAGCAAACAGACGGCUUCGAAGACGAUGAGGAAGAGGUGGAAGUCGAGGAUGAUGAUGAUGACUUCAAUAUCAUUACAGAGGCCCCUGCCGAUGCGCCACCACCAGAGAUCUCCCAUCCGCGUCAUACGAGUCUUCGACAGGAACCUCAGCGGGCUCCCUCAGCAGAUCCCUCCAUAGUUCCCAAAUCCGCCACGCCGUCUGGCACUCCGCACCUCGAAGUUGCGACUCCUGUGCCUGCUACGGCAGGGACAACAGCUCCCUCCACCAAACAGAGCAUGCCUUUGAGGCCAGGUUCUUCUUAUCCGGCCGUCCACACAUCGACGAUCGACGUGAAUGGCAACCCAGUGCAUCCGUCAACCGGGAAGACGAUCAUGGCCACCGACAUGGACGCAGACUUUCCGGCUGACGACAAGCCCUGGCGACGCCCCGGCACGGAUAUGACCGACUUUUUCAAUUACGGAUUUGACGAGUUCACAUGGGUCAGCUACUGUCUCAAGCAACAAGAGGUCCGCAAGGAAGUGGGGGACCAAAAGAAGCAGAUGGAGGACAUGACAUCCUUUUUGGGCAUGGGGAUGCCUCCAAUGCCCGGCGCGCCCCCGGUCCCAGUCGUUCCAGGCCCUGCCGCGCCGCCCAUGGCAGGGAUGCCGGGCAUGCCGGACAUGAACCCGGAGAUGAUGCAGGGUAUGCUGGCCUCUAUGAUGUCUCAAGGCCUUGACCCCUCUAGCAUGGAUCCGAUGGCAUUCAUGCAGCAUGCACAAUCGAUGAUGGGCGGCCAGUCCGGCCCCAGUCAACAAGGUCAAGGUGGCUUCGGCAAUCAAGGGCAAGGACAAAACUACGGGCAGGGGGUGCAAGGUCAAAUGGGUUAUGGAGGCUACGAUCAAAGAGGCAAUUACGGUGGAGGCCGUGGCCGUGGCCGGAGAUGGUGA